AUACUGUGAGGAGACAGCAAGCUCGGAACUGAUGAAGCGGCCUCCUCGGCCAAUGUUUGCUCUUCUCACGAGGAAAAGGAAAGAGCAAUGAUUACAAAUACAUGGAAAAACACAUAUCCCAGGACACUGUGCAUUGGAGUCAGAGAGCAGAGGGGGCAGCUAAUGUGUAACUUAGGUUAGGCAAUCAGGGGGAUAAAAUAGGAGCACAAAUUGUCACUUGGAGUCAGAUCCUGAGCGCAGGAAACGGCAGGAGAUCCACUUCACAAGACAGUGAGUGUGAGAGAGACAUCGCUGAAGUUGCAGUCAAACAUGAACCCCGGAGUGAGUUUUUUGUGCUUCCUUCUCUGCAUUACCAUUGUGGGCUGUGACCGGGUCUACGUCCACCCAUUCUAUCUGUUCGACGUAGGAAACCUAACUGGUUGCAAGAAAGUGGAAGACAGGGAACAGCAGGUGAAUAAUUUUGUCCCCGUCUCAAAUUUAUCUCACAUCAGUUCGGCACAUGAGGAGGGUGUCAGAAACAAGAGCGAGGGAAGAAGUCAUUUACGGAGAGAGCUGAGAGACCCCAUUUAUAUUAUUGGUGCACGUUUCUAUGAACAACUCAGGAAAAUGCACAAGGAAGAAAAUAUUCUUCUGUCCCCCACAUUCAGCUACGAGUCCUUGCUAGCCUUCUAUAUAGGGGCCUCUGGUGAAACAGCAAAGGAAUUGCAGAUUUUUUUAGGAUUUGACUCCUCAUCCGUUAAUCCAAACUGCACCUACAGAAUUGAUGGGCGCAAAGUAUUCUCUGUUCUGAGCAGCAUUGCUAAAAGUCCAUUUCACUCAAAAGAAGAUGAUCAGCUGUUCUUCUCGAAGUUCUCCUGGCUUUUCUCUGCCCCCGAAAUCCGUUUAUCCGAGUCCUUUGUCAAUGAUUUGGUCUUUCCAAACAUGAAUCUCUUCGUACGAGCUGUGGACUUUACAAACCCCACAAAGGCAGCAGAAGAAAUGAAUGCUUUUGUCAAAGGCACCCACCAAAGUAAGAGUUUGCUGGCAGACAUUGAUCCAGAAACUAACCUCCUGUUAGCAACUUACACUCAUUUGAAAGUCUCUGUGAAGGGAGCCUCCCUACUGAAAGAACCUCAGGAAUUCUGGCUCAGUUCACACAAAACAAUCCCUGUACCAAUGAUGAGAAUAACCGGAACCUUUCAGCAUAAAUGUGAUCCCAGCCAGAACAUUUCUUCCAUCAAAAUUCCUCUUAGCCAGGAUUUAUUUCUGCUGCUUUUGCAGCCCACCAAUAACAGUGACCUGGCCAGUGUUGAAAAUCAAUAUUCCAUGAAGGUUCUUUCCAACGAAUGGCUGGUGGGACUGUCCCCAAGACAAAUCCAGCUGACUUUGCCAAAGGUGUGCUUGGAAAGCACAUAUGAUAUACAGGAACUCCUUGGCAAAAUGCCCCUGUCUUACCUGCUUGGAAAUAAAGCCAACCUCACACGACUAAGUGACAACAACAUAACUGUUGGGAAGAUCAUAAACCAGCAGCUUUUGGAGCUCACUCCCAUGACAGCAGAUGAAGCAACAGACUCCACAGCAGGAAGUCAAGACACCGAGGCGCUCAAAAUAACACUGGACAAGCCAUUUUUGCUAGCAGUGUAUGAAAUGUCAGGCACACAGCUUUAUUUUGGCAGAAUAACAAAUCCCCUGAAAGGAACAUAAACUUCCACAAGGGGGGUGGUGGCUUUCCAGACUUCAUUUGAUCUUUUCCUUGCUUAGCAACUGUUUUUAGAAUCCCACCGAGUCCUAAUUAGAGAUUUUGAAAUGGCAAAACUGAUGUAUCUUUCGAUUAUAAUAUUGAUAAAAUUAUCAAUAGCAUUUAGCAACAUCUUUAUUCCAUUAAGGGGAUAGCGUGAGGGUAGAUCUGUUUACACCAACAUCUAGGGUGCCACACAAAUGCCAUAAUAUUGUACUUUGCCUGUUGCAUGUAACUGCUCAGUAAGCCAGUCAUCUGUACUGUUCUGCCAAGAAAAGUUUAACAUACUUUUGUACCUGAUUAUCACUUGCUCAGUGGUUGGAUAUUCAUUAACUGGAUUAUCCCAAUGCCUUAUUUACUUGAAUUAAUAAUGCUAUUCUAAUAGGUGUGCCGUUUAAGCAACCCCAGUGAAAAUAGUCUUAGGUCAGUUUCUUUCAAAUAAGAAUUGUUGUUUGGACUUUUUUUAAAAAGGAGCAUAAAGAAUAGUUUUCUAUUCUUUGCAGCACUUUUCUUUUUCAUAAUUUCCUGUUCACUUAUCAAGAUUCAGCCCCUAUUGUAGAUGCUAUUUAAUCUCAACGUUUAGUAAGCCAGGUUUUCCUUUUUAUUAGAUUCACCCCCCUCCCUAAAUCCUCUAGGUUCUCACCAUAAUUUUAUUAGGUGUGUAUCAUAUUGCAGGUUUAAUUUGCAUGCUGGCUUCUCACCUGAGACACCAAAGCAGCUCCAGAGCAAAAAUAAAUAAAUAUUCUGAUUAUCAAGCAAUAUUGAAUCAAAAGGUUGGAAAAGAAGAUACUGCUAGAAGGUAACACAGAUAAAGAAUGAAAAUAGAAGUACUGGUUGAUAUCAGGAUAUUUUGCCAGUACUUCAUCACCUGCACUAGUUUCCAGCCCAUUUUGGAGCUCAAUU